AUGCGUACAAGGCCCGACAAAAUAUCGCCUGACAUUGUUUACUGCUGGAUUUUGAAUUGUAUUGAUCACUUUAGCAAGUUUUCAUGGGCUUACCCAUUAAAAAAUAAAACAGCUGCUGAAGUCGUUACAAAAUUACGUGAAUUAUUUUUUGUUUUCGGUCCACCUCGCAUAAUACAUAGUGACAAUGGACGUGAAUUCGUUUCAAGCGUUAUCAUGGAAAUAAAAAACUUUUUUCCAAAUUUAUCAUUUAUUCGAGGACGGCCAAGGCAUCCACAAAGUCAAGGCUGUAUCGAAGGGGCUAACGGCAUUUUAUGCGAUGCUCUUGGCAAAUGGAUGUCCACCAACAAUUCAUCGAGCUGGUCUACUGCUUUAUUACCUGUUAUUUAUGGUAUAAACACCAGAAAAUCUACAGUUACCAAAGCAACACCAUAUGAAAUUAUGUUCGGACAAAGACCAAGAUCAGAUUCUGAUUUCUGGGAGUUAGUUCAGGAAGCUGGUAUUGAAGAUGAAGAAAAUCCUCCAACUCCAGUAGACGAAUUAAAUGAUGAUAUGCUUGAUGAACAUAUUGAUACUGAAGUAGUUGAAAUUAAUGAACAAUUAUCUGAUAAUUUGAGUUCUUAUUCAUCAACAACUUCAUCAUUACAAUUAAUUAAUGCAUCAACAACAUUAACAUCAUCAUCAGCUGACGUAACAACAAUACCUACCAGACACGAUAAGAUUCGUAAAAUUGCUACUGAUCAUUAUCUUGCAACAGCAAAUAAAAAAAUGAAAUUAUACCAUGAUAGUUUAAAUAUGAUCGCCAAUAAUUUUAAUAUAAAUGAUUGUGUUGGAAUAGAAAUACAUGCAGUUGAUCGAACCAACACCGAUCCAAAAUAUUUGCCAUGCCGAAUUAUUGAAAAAAAUGAAAAUGAUAAUGGUUUUUUUAUACAAAUUAAUAUGCCAAUAUGGUGUUUUACAAAACACUUUUGA